AUGUUGGAGCUGAGGCUCGUGCAGGGGAGCCUGCUGAAGAAGGUUCUGGAAGCGAUUAAGGAUCUGGUGAACGAUGCCAAUUUCGACUGCUCUGCCACCGGAUUCUCCCUCCAGGCCAUGGACUCCAGCCACGUGGCGCUGGUGGCGCUGCUGCUCAGAUCUGAGGGCUUCGAGCACUACAGGUGCGACCGCAACCUGUCCAUGGGUAUGAACCUCGGCAACAUGGCCAAGAUGCUCAAGUGUGCCGGAAAUGAUGACAUCAUCACCAUCAAGGCGGAUGAUGGCAGCGACACGGUCACCUUCAUGUUCGAGAGCCCAACUCAAGAUAAGAUUGCAGAUUUUGAAAUGAAGCUCAUGGAUAUUGACAGCGAGCAUCUUGGAAUCCCCGAAGCUGAGUAUCACGCCAUAGUUAGGAUGCCAUCUGCUGAAUUUGCAAGAAUCUGUAAAGAUUUGAGCAGCAUUGGUGACACGGUUGUGAUCUCUGUAACCAAGGAAGGUGUAAAAUUCUCAACAAGAGGUGAUAUUGGAACAGCUAACGUUGUUUGCAGACAAAAUACCACAGUAGACAAGCCUGAGGAAGCUACGGUUAUAGAGAUGAACGAGCCUGUGUCUCUGACCUUUGCUCUAAGGUACUUAAACUCCUUCACAAAGGCAACUCCUUUGUCGAACACGGUUACAAUUAGCUUGUCCUCCGAGCUUCCAGUUGUGGUUGAGUAUAAGAUAGCAGAAAUGGGCUAUAUAAGGUUCUACUUGGCACCCAAGAUCGAGGAAGAUGAUGAAGAAACAAAGGGAUGA